AUGGAUACAAACAGCUCCAUAGAUUACAAGGCGCUUUUUCUACAGGAAAAAGAGCGAAACCGAAAUACAACUCUGGUAGAAUUUCUCCGCUGUUGUCACAGUGUAUUAUCACGACCGUUACGAGUUCGCGCAAGUUCCGACUCGACUACAGGGGAAAUCCCCAUCCCCAAAGGAAAGCACUGUCCAACACGACUAGAGCGAUGGGUUGACUGUUCAACCCAGCAGCAACACGUUUACAACGCCGUGCGUCGCUACCUCCAGCCAGAAGAAAAUGCGCCACGCGUCUUUCCGCCGCGGAUUGUGCUGGAAGGACUCGGUGAACACUUUAAGGGGUCGAUGGGUGCUGAAUACGAUCUGCAGACUUAUGAGAGACUUGCAGUGGAAGACCAUACCCGUUAUAUUUUUUCGGAACUGUGUAAAAUCCCCGCCGCCCGGGAAGAGUUUGGGCUUGGUGAUGGGGUUCUCUUUGAUAGCCAUUCUAAUGUUUUGAAUGAUACCGAAAUCGUCGAAACAGAUACCAAAGAAGCAUCAGCCAACCCCCGUGGAAAGCCGGAUCAACUCUUCAUUCAUCGUGUUGAUGACACAACCACCACCCUUCUCACAACUGCCGAAUACAAGCCUCCACAUAAGCUUCCUUUAGAGGACAUCCGUAGAGGUCUUCGGGAUAUGGACUUGUGGAAAGAGAUGGUUUGGUCAAACAAGACGCCUAAUGGCGAAGCUGAGUCAUUAGUGUACAAUUCGCAGCGGCUUGUGUGCUCGGCAAUUGUUCAAGAAUACCAUGUCAUGAUUCAAGAAGGAUUGGAAUAUUCUUACUUGACGACUGGGUUGGCCCUCGUUCUUCUCCGAGUUCCAUACGACAAGCCAAACAUUUUGUAUUACUAUUUUUGUGAGCCCAACCAGGAGGUGGAUCAUGGAGAUGGAGAUCUCCAAUACCCCAACACAGCUAUUGCAAGGGUUCUCUGUCUAUGCCUGAUGAGCUUUUGCUCACAGCCACGCAACCAAGAGUGGCGAAAUAAGUAUUGUCGUGAUCUGAAGGUUUGGACGACACAGUUUGAUGAUUUGCAUGAAAGUGUUCGCUCUCGCGAGCUACAAUCCGAUGAUACAAGCUAUGUAAGCCCUAUUUCGCCUACCACUAGCCCAGAGUUUCAGGAGUCGUCAUCUCCAGCCGAGUCGCCCAGAGGACCAGCUCGCAGAGUACCCACACGAUCUCAAGGUAGCUGCGCACCAUCAAACCUUGGAGACCAGACGGGGUCUCUAGACUCAUCAGGGUCCGAGUCAGAUUUUGCAACAUCAGGACGAAAGCGAGGGUUCAGUCAAGUCGAAGCUUCGCCUUCACAGCGACUCUCUCGCCAAAAUGAGCGUGACAAUCAAAGGGAUAUCUCCCAACGACAACGUGCACAGUUCUGUACUCAGCGUUGUCUUUUGGGGGUGCAAAAUGGCGACGCUCUGGAUGGUUCCUGCCCAAAUGUUCAUAUUCACCGGCAAAGCGGAGACGGAAUUAGGCAUCCUGUCAAUGCUGCCAAAUUGAUGUCAUACCUUAAAAAGCAGAUGGAUGAGAAUAUCGACCGAUGCAUCCCAUUUGGGACUUGCGGAUCAUACGGCGCCCCGUUUAAGCUAACAUGUUCUUCUCAUGGGUAUACUGUUGUGGGAAAGGGGACGACGUCCGGUCUCUGGCAACAACACGUCUCUCGCGAAGUUGAGAUAUACCAUAUUUUGCGAAGAGCGCAAGGGUCUGCUGUCCCAGUUUUCCUCGGCAAGAUAGAUCUAGCAAAGACUUACUUUCUGCAUGGAGCUGGACAAAUUCGGCAUAUGCUCGUCAUGGGCUGGGCCGGUACGAGCACAGCAAAGCUCGAACAAACCAUAGAGCUUCGCCGGGAGAUCAAAAGCUCGAAACAAAAGAUACGCGCUUUGGGGGUACGACACUUGGACCUUCGGCCUGAUAAUAUCCUAUGGAAUGCUGAGCUAGGACGAGCUUUGAUUAUUGACUUUCACCGAUGCGAGCUAGAUUAUCGACCUGCUACAGACCGUUCAAAAUCAUUGAAGAGGCCUCGGCGCGAAGCACAAAUGUCCGGGGCCAAGCGAGGACGGAUUAUCUAG